AUGGGAUUUACAUAUGAUGGAAACAUCAAAUACCUCUUGCAUAUCCUUCUGGUGCAGCAGUAUUUCUUUGAAUUUGCAGACACCAACUUCUGCAACAGCGUACAUGAUGGAGAGAUGUCUACUGUCACUGUGGACAUCCCUGACAACCCAAUUAGUUAUAUUGAGGUGGCUCCCCUGACUGCACUACUUGCAGAAAACAAUAGAUUCCAGGAGCACGUCCCUGCUGAAUUUUUUCUGUUUGAGAUAAAUGGAGUGCACAACUACGACUAUCUUUUGACUGCAUAUGGUGCCAGCUGUGUCAACCUCAAAACUGAAUUUCUUUGCUGGAGGAACAGGAGUGUCCAGAUCCACGUACUGCAUGGACCAGAAAAAACUACAAGAGCUUUAAGGAUAGAAAUGGAACUGAAGUGGCCCUCAGUUAAGUAUCAAAUUCUUGAUGGAGAAAAAAAUAAGAUCAUUUUCCCUUCCUAUAAUCAUCUAUAUGUCUUUAAAGCCAUUGUAGUGGAUACAUUUUACAGUUACUGUGAUUUAUCCGAAACAGCUUUUAAAUUAAGCUCUCUAACUAGUACCAAUCCAGGCUGUGUGGCAAAGACCAAUUAG